UUUAUUUUUAAGGAAGGGUCUUAUUUCACUUUUGUUCGGCAUGCCUCCUUACAACGCACCGAAUCAACGACCGCCACCACCAAGAAACGAAAUCGUGGAAUGGUUCAACGACAUCCCUCCUGUCACUCGCGCAAUCCUGGCUGCUAGCAUUGUAAUCCCGAUUGCAGGUACAUUUGGCGCUGUUAGCAUGUCCAACUUGCUAUUGAUCUGGAAACCAGUGCUUGAAAAGUUUCAACUCUGGCGACUGGUUACGUGCUUCUUUCUUUAUCCAAUCAAGCUCGAGUGGGCAUUCAGCUUAGCCUACUUAUACCAGUUUUCCGCAAAACUUGAGCGCGACUAUUUCUUGGGCAGAACCGCCGAUUAUCUCUACUUCAUUCUGGUUACGUGUGCAGUACAAGUAAUCGCAGCUUAUUUCGCCAGCAACUAUGUUCUCAGCUCCGGUCUGUCAAUGGCCAUCACAUAUCUUUGGUCACAAAAGAACAGAGGGUCCCAAAUAUCAUUCAUGUUUGGUGUUCGCUUCCAGGCACAAUACCUUCCACUGGUACGAGUACUAUAUGAGUUCCUUGUGGACAUGGGAAGAAUCCCAAUGGCUAGCAUUAUUGGCUGGGGCGCAGGAUAUCUUUAUAACUUCUUUGUUGAAGAGUAUCCUCGUGCGGCGGGUGUUCGAUUGCUUGAUACUCCGAACUGGUUGAGAUCCCUCUUUCCACAUACGACUAGAAAUCAGGGAGGCUUCGCCAAUAACGCUGGUGGUGCAAGCAACGUUCGCGUGAAUCCUGGUCCUGCUGAUCAGCCAAGUAAUAGUGUUUUUGGUGGACAUCAAUGGGGUCGCGGUCAACGCCUCGGUUGAGAACAAUGAUGACAAUAUAUAAUAAAUGGUGUCGGCCGCAUAGAAAGCGAUCCAAAAUUAAUGUCGAUUGACCAACAAAUUUAUUGAUUCAAUUUAUGGAAUAACAAAAUUUCUGAUAUCAUUUCCUUUAGGGUUAGUUCUGACAAUGUUACAGAUUGAUAUUAGACGAAAUGAAAGAGAAAGUGUCAUCAGCAAUCACAAGUUCGUUACAGAAAAUCACUGAUGGGCCAAAGGUGAAUCACUAAGUAAACGAUUUAUGAGCACAAAUGGAGCAUUCUAACAUGAGAGUAUGUUAUAUGAAGCCCAAUAAAUGAUAUUUUUGGUUCAGCA